AUGGUUCCCAGGUACUUGCUGAUGGCAGGAAUGAUGCUCUACCUCCUCCCUGCCUGCUCUCAAGAAUGUUGCCAGGAUCUGGGAAAGAGGGAAAAGAAGGAAAUCGCUAUGCUUCUGAGUCAACUGCAAAACACCCCGUCUUACUCAUGCCUGAAUGACAGAGCAAACUUCCAAUUUCCUUGGAAGAGAGGCAAUAGCAACCCAAUCCAGAAGAGUCAAGGCAUCUGUUUCUACCAACUGAUGCUCCAGCACAUCUUCAUGCUCUUCAGCACUGAGCACAGUCUCACUGCCUGGAACCGCUGCGUCCUGGAGAAGCUACUCUCUAGUCUUCAUCACAGCCUGGACCAUCUAGAGCCCAGAGCACAGGGCAGCCCAGCUUGUCUCUCUUCGGGAAUGAAAGAACUUGUGAGAAAGUACUUCCGAAGAAUCAAUCUCUAUCUGAAUCGAAAGAAAUACAGUGCGUGUGCCUGGGAGAUUGUCAGGGUGGAAAUUCAAGCCUCCCUUUUCCUCAUGAAACAAUUAUUGAAGAGAAUAUAG